GCGAGCUGCGUGCGCCUGAUGCAAUCCGGCUGCCAUCGGGCGUAAUUUCUGGGGAGCCGGUGGAAAGCCAAAGAGGCAGCCCGAAGAGCAGCGCCCCUCUGUCGCGGCCGGGCUUUUAGGAGAGCAGCCAUGUCUGCAGUGAUCAUUGAGAACGCGGAGAGGCUGGCCUUGGGAGAGAUGUACGUCUCAGACCGAGAGGGAUGCGACUCCACAGGCGAUGGAACAGAGGAGAAGCCUUUCAAAACAGCUUUGAAGGCAGAAGAUGCGCUGCGACGUGAAAAAAACCUGGAGGAAGCAAAGAAAAUUGUCAUUGAGAACGAUCCCAGUCUCCCAGAACCAACAUGUUGCCAGUGUUACAAUGGGGUUCUUCUCUCCACCGAGAGCACUGUCGCUGUCUACGGAACACUCAACCUGGUCCCUGAAGGCAAGCAGGCUCCCGGAGGCCACGAGUUGACCUGCGACUACUGGGAGCUCGUCGGCUUGGCUCCAGCCGGUGGGGUUGAUAACUUGGUCAACGAAGAGUCGGACGUGGACGUGCAGCUGAACAACCGGCACAUGAUGAUUCGAGGGGACACCCUGACCAAAAUCUUGAAGGUGCGCUCCACGGUUGUCCAGUGCUUCCGGGACCACUUCUUCGACCGGGGCUAUUACGAAAUCACCCCACCGACGCUGGUCCAAACGCAGGUUGAGGGAGGCUCAACUCUCUUCAAACUGGACUAUUUCGGGGAAGAGGCGUACUUGACGCAGUCGUCCCAGCUGUACCUGGAGACCUGCAUCCCGGCCUUGGGAGACGUGUUUUGCAUCGCUCAGUCGUACCGUGCGGAGCAGUCUCGGACACGCAGGCAUCUGGCUGAGAUGGCGAGAUGGCAGUACAUAAACCUCAAGGAUGUGACUGUAGAUGAGCCCAGGAAGGGCCAUCAGGAAUUUCAGCCCCCCAAGCGACCCUUCAAGCGAAUGAACUACGCAGACGCCAUUGUGUGGCUGAAAGAACACGACGUGAAGAAGGAAGAUGGCACCUACUACGAAUUUGGAGAAGACAUCCCGGAGGCUCCCGAGAGGCGCAUGACAGAUACCAUCAACGAGCCGAUCCUGUUGUGUCGAUUCCCCACUGAGAUUAAGUCCUUCUACAUGCAGCGCUGCCCCGAGGAUUCCCGCCUGACCGAAUCGGUUGACGUCUUGAUGCCCAACGUUGGCGAGAUCGUCGGAGGCUCGAUGCGUAUUUGGGACAGCGAAGAGCUGCUGGCUGGGUACAAGAGGGAAGGCAUUGACCCUACGCCGUACUACUGGUACACAGACCAGCGUAAGUUUGGCACCUGCCCUCACGGAGGCUACGGUUUGGGCUUGGAAAGGUUUCUGACCUGGAUUCUGAACAGGCACCACAUCCGGGACGUGUGCGUCUACCCACGCUUCGUCCAGCGUUGCAAGCCCUAGUCAAGAUCUUCUGGACAAACUCUAACCUAGCAAAACCCCGUCCCGGAAGAAUUAAAGAAUGCAUUUCAUCCUCCUACGAUCUGUGUUCAGGCAAGAACCAUGAAUCAUCUCCUUUUCUCAGAAGAAAAUGUCUCUGCAGCUGGUGUUAAAUUGAAGUCCGGGGACUUUCAGGACCGCUUACCUCCUGGCCAGUCCCCCUUGAGAUCUGUGCUUAUUCAUUGCCCUAGAUUGAUUUCUAGUCUAAACUCUUCUUCCUGUUAUAUGUACAAGAAUCAGGGUAUUUUGUUACCUUCAAACGAAAGGGGCUGGAUUUGGGAACCUGAUUUUUGGUUUGGUGGAAUAUCGAUAAAUAGUGGAAUAUUUGCAUUUUUCCACAAACGUCAGAUUGUACUGUAAUGCAAAAUCAUACGAAUUAGAGUGUUUAGAAGGCAUUGCAUCGACUAGUAAAGAGUAGCUCGACUGGCAAGGAAUGAGCUUGGGUUCAAUCUUAACCUCCUCUCUCAAAAUACAUUUUUUUAGUGUAUACUCUUAAAGGAAGAGGGGAGGAUUCACUGUACAUGUAACUCUACCCCAAAGAAACUCUCCCAAUAUGCAUUAGGAACACGUAGCUCUGAAACUACCUAGCCGUAGUUACAGUAGUCUGUUGUGGCUAUAUGUACAGCUGUCUUUAGGGUGUGAGGCAGGGGUCCACAACCUUUUUGAGGCCAUGGGCACCUUUGGCAUUUCCAGAGGUGGUGAGCACCACUUCAAAAUGGCUUCCGUGGGAGGCGGAGCCAACCCCCACAUAUCUCCCGUGGGGGUCAGAGCUAAACGCAGUGCCUCCCUCCUCGCACAUCCCGGGAAGAUGGAAAUCCUGAAAUGGGAAAUGGACCGACUUGGGAAAGCCCACUUGCUUACCAGUCCUCCUGACCUCCACUGGGAAACUCUCUCAUUUGGAUGAAGGAAGCCAAUAAUAAGCCCAGCUUUACAAUGGCCCAACCCAGUUUCUGGAAAGCUCAGCGGGUGCCAAGGAAAGUACUGGGGGGGGGCCAUGGUGCCUACGGGUGCCAUGUUGGGGAACCCUGCUUUAAGAUAUACCCCAGCUGUGAAGGCGCAAGGUAUAUUUGGGACGUCUAGGAAACGAGACUGAGUAUUAAGCAACGGAAGAGGGACUGCAGUAUACUGGAAGGAAGUGGAUGUAUUCCUCAGAGCGCUUGCUGCUGCAUUUUGCAGCAUCGCUUUGCUGUACACUCGCUUUGAAAUGAGCCACCAAACUAAUCAGCGUGGCUUUCCCGCCAGGGAUCAUGGGAGCUGCACUUUCAGGGAGGCACUUUCUUGAUCUAUAAU